GCUAGCUAGAGAGUUGCACAGCCUAACCAGCCAUGUCGCUCGCCGUCGUCUCGCUCUGCGUCGUCUUGGCCCUGUCGCCAUGCGCCUUAGCCAGUGGUGAUGGCAAUGGCAAUGGCAAGCCGCUCGUCACGGCCAUCACCAAGGACGCGGCGACAUCGCUCUACACCGUGCCGAUCAAGGACGGCCACCCGCUCGUCAUCGACCUCUCCGGCGCGCUCGUCUGGACGACGUGCGACGCCUCCCACCCGACGAUGGAGUGCCACCACCAUUUCUGCAUGCACGCGCACAGCUACCACCCGCCGGACUGCCCACACAACGGCUACGGCCACGCCGACGAGGAGGACCCCUUCCGGUGCAAGUGCACCGCCCACCCGUUCAACCCCUUCUCCGGCGAGUCCGCGACGGCCGACCUCACGCGCACCAGGCUGUCGGCCAACGCCACCGACGGCAAGAAUCCGCUCUACCCGGUGCCCUUCACCGCCGUCACCUCCUGCGCGCCGGAGUCCCUCCUGGCGAAGCUCCCCGCCGGCACCGUCGGCGUCGCGGGGCUCGCGCGCACCAGGCUCGCUCUGCAGGCGCAGAUCGCGCGCGCGCAGAAGGUCGCCAACAAGUUCGCGCUCUGCCUCCCCAGCGACGGCGAGGGCAUCGCCAUCUUCGGCGGCGGCCCGCUCUUCCUCCUCCCGCCGGGGCGUCCCGACGUGACGGCGGCGCUCGCCGGCGAAACCCCGCUCCACAAGAACAAGGAUCUCCCCGGAUACUUCAUCACGGCCACCAAGAUCGCCGUGAACCAGGAGCAAGUGCAGCUCUACAGCCAGGAGCCGCUCGUCGUCGAGCUGUGCUCGAGGAUCCCCUACACGGUGCUCCGCCCGGACGUGUACCGCGCGGUCAUCGACGCGUUCGACAAGGCGACCGCCGGCAGGAAGCGCGUCACCCCGGCGGCGGCGCCGUUCGCGCUGUGCUACGACUCGCGGGAGCUGGGGUCGACGCGGCUGGGCUACGCCGUGCCGCAGAUCGACCUGGUGCUGGAGGGCGGCAAGAACUGGACGGUGUUCGGCGGCAACUCGAUGGCGCAGGUGAGCGACGGCACGGCGUGCCUGGCGUUGCUGGAGAUGAAGGGGGAGAAGGGCAGCCCGCCGCCGCCGGCGGUGGUGAUCGGAGGGUUCCAGAUGGAGAACAACCUGAUGGUGUUCGACGAGGAGAAGGCGCGGCUCGGAUUCAGCGGCCUGCUCUGGGGGAGGCAGACCACCUGCAGCAACUUCAACUUCACUCUCGCCGCCUAGAUCGAUCGACUCCUCGAGCUCAUUAGCUUUGCAUCAGAUGUGCUCAUGUGCAUGCGUUUUUUGCAUUAUAUUAUGAGUUUUAUUUUUUUUCCCGGAGAUUAUGAGUUGUGAUUUGUUACAAAUCUUUCGGUGAAUAACGCAAAACGUCACAG